GAGAGUCUCUCCAGUUUGAGAGGAGGGACGCUGGAGGAGCCGCCUCCAUUCACCCGAAACACACACACACACACACACACACACACACACACACACACACACACACACACAGACACACACACACACACACAGUCGGUAGUAAAGGAAAGAAAGAGGGAAACCCGGGAGUGCAGCACGCUGAAGGGGAGAGAAGAGGAAUGGGGCUGAACUAACAAGCCUGAGCGCGACACACACUCCAACACACACACUCCAACACACACACUCUGGUUCAGUCACAGUGUGGAGCGUCAGGCGGAGAGAGGAGGCGGCAGUUUGAGGAGAAAGCAGAGCUGCUGAAACACAGCCGUCCGUCUGCAGGAGCCGCCGGAGGCUGCCUGACAGUCCUGAGUCAGGGUGGACAGGAUCCAGGCGGAUCCAUCUUCAUGGACUGAGACCUGCUGCAGCAGCCUGAUGUCAGACCUGCAGACAAAACACGACUCAUCAUUGAUUUCUCUCAGGAAGGAGGAAGUUUAGUGAUCCGGACUGCAGACCGAGUGAUUCCUCACAAACUGUAGGAUUACAAACAAGUUCUGGAUUGUGACACUUUAAAGGGACAAGUCACGGACCAGCAGACAGCAGGAUCACAAACACUUUAAAUGUGGACAACCUGCCUGACAACCACAUUGGGAAUUAUUUUGAUUUAUUCUAAUUCUGAAGUCUGAAGUUAGAGUUUUAGUCAUCACCUCCAGGGCACGAAGUUUGAGGGUUAGUCAGCUGUUCUAAUCUGAGAACCAACAGUCUUUAGGAAGAUCUCAGUAGAACCUGCAGAGUUAGUUAGUCCAGCAAGGAACAAGAAAAGGAUCCACAAGUCGUGAGCACUUCGGACCGCUUUCACACUGUAAGUCACUUCUGCUUUUCACUUAACGUGAUCUUUAAGUGGACUCCUGUUCUUCUCGGAGCACGGGCUGCUGACUCAUCUUCUCAGACUGCAGGAGUUUCUCGUCACUCUCACAGCCGAGCGUUCACGUUUCAGAGACGGCUCAAACUGACCAGCUGCGACCGUCUGCUGGAAGUUUGCAGGAAAGUAAAAGCUGACAGUGACGAGGUAAUGCAGCAGGAUUUUGGCUCUGACCCUCGAGAAGUUGCACAGGCCGGCUUCAGGAGCCGCUGAAUGGACCCGCCUGGUGAGAUGUAGAGGGCGUCUGGGGAUUGUGGCACCUGUUGCAUGUGAGCGACUGUUUGAUUUGACUCCAGGCUGAUUUUCUGCAGUUUCUAAUCGGCACUUUAAAGUAAAAGCAGACAGAGGAACUGUUCAUCUGAAAUCUGUUGCCUCAGUCCUCCACAUUCGACAGCUGUAGUCUCCUAAAUUAGUUUAUAUACUGAGAGUAACAUAUUUCAACACAUUCUAGGUUCAGGCCGGUCGAUCCUGCUUAAAGAUCCACUUCAGGUGUCUCAUUAUUAAACUUUUCUCUGGUUAUAUUUAGGCAGUCAGACCUCACAGUUCUUAACAUUUAUCUUCCAUCUUUAACCAAAGUGUUUGUGUCAGUCCACCAGGAACUCUCCUCUGCUAAAUCUCAUAAGAUCAACUGAGCAACGUCCAGUUAGACUUUCAAAAUAAAGCUUGCUGUGAAACGUUAUAUGUUCACAGUUUGGUUUAGACACGUCAUCAAUCAUCAGCCACUCAAAUCAGCCCUGAUCUCAGGAUCACAGAUUUCUUUACAGAAAAUCAUCGAUCGAUCUCAGAAGAAAUCAAUGAUGUAAAAAAGACUUUUGGUUUGACACGGCACACAAAUCCAUCUUCUCCAACCACACGUGGACUUUCUUGCUCUCUACAUAUUACACUACGUCAGCUGCGUCCAAACAUUACUCCAGAAAAGAUGCUAGAGGGGAAGGUUGAGCGUCCAGCAGAGCGGGUAGUGACCACACAUGCCGAGUUCCUUUAAAGAGUCACUAAUAUGUGUUUUCUUCUCCGGGAGCAGGUCGAGCUGCAGCAGCUGUCGCCUCAAACCUUCCCAUCAGCGAGAGACAAACAAAGCGCCUCCUGGUUUUCUUUCAUUCAGCAUUUGAAGAGCGAGAUUUGUCAUCUGGAUCUCAUGUGCGACGGGCGACAUCUACCGACCUCUGUCGAGCCUCUUUUUGUUUUCCAGUCUGGUAGUUGAGUUCUUGUUUUUUUCUCAGUUCGUGGUUUGGAUGUUUCAGUAAGAGCCAGAGGAGCCACAACCACAUGAGGAAAUUGAAAUAAGGGCUAAAUAAUUGGACUGCAGAGUUUCUGGAUGUGUCAGCUGAAGUCUUUGUAGCUGCUGCAGGAUAGAAAACAGAGACGACAGCAGAUGACUGAGACACUCCACUGGUCCAACUAUGACUUCCAUUUGAAAACGAAGGUGAGACGAGCGACUUUGUCCUGAAGUUUAAACGGCUUUGGGAAUGACUGUAAACAGAAGAUGAUUGAGACAGAGCUGCUCCUCUCUCCUGAACAAGUUUUAUUAGUCUUUCUGCAGCCAAGCUGUCCAAGACAUCACAGCUUCAAAGCAGAAAUCAGUUUGGACGCUGUGAACUUGAAGAGAGUUUAUCUGAAUCUCUGAGCGUUUGAUUUGAGCGUCUGAGUAAAGAUCUGACAUCACUUCACUCUUUUCUCUUGUCACAGAUCUCUUCUUCUUCUGUUCAGGACUUCAGAGCAGUAAAAAGAACUUUUGGUCCCACACCAACAAAGUAUUUUUCCACAAUCUGACAUCAUUUUUCUCGUUAGCCACUCAUUAAGGAACUCUUCUCCAAUAUCAAGGAGGUUUUCCCGCCUGGCAGAGCUCCCUCUCUGAAGGAUCUUUUAGUUUUGACUCGUUCUGUUGGAGGUUUUCAAGUUUGUUCAGGGACAGCGACACAGAGGAGGAGGCGUGAGGACGGCGUCCAGAGCAGAGUGUGUAAAAGUGUGUGUGUGCGGUUCAUGUAUUUGUGUGUGUGUGUGUGUGUGCAGAUGCCACACUGCGCCGCAGACUGGCCUCAUACUCACCCACAUCACAGUGCGACGGCAACUCUGACUUACUUCCUGUUGCUCAACAUCUGUUGUGCGUAAAAUAAAUCAAGCGGUCGGACACGAAAAUACAAAAUUCCAGCAUCAACAAACAAAAUUUCCAAAUCUGUCGUGUGGACGCUGCCGAGCCGAGCUGGAGUUCAGACCAGGAGACUCGGUCUGAAACGUGUUGCUCUGAUUGGAUAAUUACCCGCUGCUCUCUUCUUCUGUGGUUUUUGUUUUGGACACAGCAGGAUCCUUUCAGUCCAAACGUUGAGCAGAAACACUCGGAUGCUUUGGAUCUUUUUCAUGGAUGAACACAAAGAUCUUCGUGGGAGAUAUGAAGGCUCCAGAGCGCCGCGGCUUCACGAUAUGCUGACGAUACACUUCAAUUCCUCCAGACAUGAGAACCGAUGAAUCUAUUAGGACUUCAUCACAGACUCACUUAACGUGAGCUCAGAACUAUUUAUUCUCCUGGGAACAAAUAAUUCAUUUUCUUGAGAGAACACCAGAAUCAGAACCUGCAGCUUCUGUCUUUGGACCGUUCAGCGACUCUUCACAAGACUUCUUUGGCAGAGGAUACUGCACACCGUCACCAUGCUCCCUGGAGGACCGGUGUCAGGUGGAGGGGGUCGCGGUGGCGGACUCUGCCUGCUCCGGUGGCUGGGCCUCAAGCUGUGGUCUCGUCGAGGGACCUUGGUGUUCGCCCUGCUCUGGUUCGGCUCUUGGUUGUUUCUGAACGGCCUGGUUCUGGUCCACAGGAGCAUCCUGUCCGACUACUGCACUGACGACAAGAGCAAGCGGAUCCUGCAGAGACUGUGCCUGGAGUUCGGCGAGGGCUCCGUGACGGGGGACAUGUGCGAGGAUCUGUGCGUGCUCGGCCUGGUCGAGUACAAGCGCUGCCUCUACUACGAGAACGGGAAGAAGGUGAUCGAGGCGCGCUGGAGAGGAAAGCCCGUCAUCCUCAAGUCCAAACUGGAGAACUUCUCCUCGUACGAGCCGCUGGGAAUACUCGACUACCAGGACCCGGCUGACGAGCUCUCCCCGCUCGACGUGGUUUUUUACGCCACUCUGGAAGUGAGAAACUCUCUGGGGCUGGCUGAGGAGGACGAGGAUGAAGAAGGAGGAGGAGGAGGAGGAGGGAAUAACAGCUCUCUGGCCAGACUUUGGGGGAAGAAGCUAAAAAACAGAGACAAGAGUUACUCCAAAGCAGAGCUGGCCUCGCUGUGGUCGCUGCUGCAGCAGGAGGAGUACACCUUCCUCAGAGUCCUGCAGGAUCUCAGCACCCACGUGGCCAAGGUGUUGGGCUCCUGCGGUCACUUCUACGCUGUGGAGUUCCUGUCCGCCGGACACGCCUGGGACCAGAACAUCUUCUCCCUGGAGGACGUGGCUGUUUCUGGGCUGCAGGGUCAACAAAGCCGAGCCGGACCCGGACCCAGAGCCCGGGGGAGGUGGACCGCCAGGGAGAUGGUGCACCGCAUCGCGCUGAGUUUUCUGGACAUGGUGUGGCACUUUGACAACGACUUCACCCACAAACUACACCUGUGCGACAUCAAACCAGAGAACUUUGCCAUCAGGAAGGACCUGACGGUCGUGGCCAUCGACGUGGACAUGGCGUUCUUCGAGCCAAAGAUGAGAGACAUCCUGGACCAGAACUGCAGCAGUGACGACGACUGUAACUUCUUCGACUGUUCGUCCAGGUGUAACCUGAACAAGCGCAGGUGUAGCCCCCGCCGCCGCAACAGCAACCUGCAGGUGAUUUGUGAGAAGAUCUUCAGGCCGUGGUUUUCUCCGACACUACUUGGGGCCAAAGCAGGACUCCCCCUGCAGGUGGAGCUGCAGCGAGCGGUGCAGGAGUGUUCAGAAACAGAAGGAGGCGUGGAGCAGAGAGAGGAGGAUGGAGGUGGCGGAGGGGAGGCGGGGCAGGUCCGGGGGGUCCAUCAGCGUCUCCUCAACAUCCUGACCCGCCUCCUUCAGGAGGGAGGGGCCUCAAGGGAAGGAGGCGGGGCCUGGGAAGGGAAAGGUCACGUCCACACUGCGCUGAACUUCUGAUCGCAGUGACGUCUGUUUGCACGUUUGCUGAAGGAGUGGCUCGUUUCCCGGGCACUGAGCCGCAGUUUGAACCACGAGGACCAUUUCUGAGCCAUAGUCCAGAUUACAUGAGGUCAGACAUGAGACUGAGAUCUCAGUCAGUGUUCUACCAGCUUCAUCCUUCCUGUCUCAACAUGACAGCGUGCACAGAGUGGCUGCGUAAAGGAAUGAGUUUCCAGUUUGAUCAUCAGCUCUGGAAUGAACUGGGACACGGAGCGAGAGCCAGAAGCUCAUGGUGCAACAUCAGGUUUGGACCUGACGAGGAACGAGUGGACGACUGGAAGCUCUUUUACUGUGUGUGACUUUCUGCUGCUCGUUGUCGCGGAGUAUCCAGGUUCCAGGUGUUUUUUUCUGGAUAUAGAUUUCGGAUAAUUUGGUGACUGCGAUGAAUCUGGAAACAUCUGGACCAGGACUGGAAGUACUGAGUGAGAGCUCAGCGAUGCCUUAAACGUCUUCUCAUCAGAGGAGUAUAUUAUGGAUCCGGUGUACAUGGAUCCUCUCUGAUUGUUUCUUUAAUUAAUCCAGUUAGUCUCAGUGAGAUUGAAAGCUACAAAAGCUGCAGACAUGUUAUGAAGUAGUAUUAACCACUAAUUAACCCGUUAGACUUUCGUUUUGAAAGCAGAUAAUUAAUGUUCUUUUACUGACGUCCCCGUAACAAACAGCACCUGCUGAUCGGAUCUGUCGCGUUCACGUUGCUCAAAUUCAAAUGUGUAAACGUUCACUCAGCGUUUGUGAAGCGUGACAGAAUAUUACAUAAAUCAGAGGUCGCUCUACGUGAAUCUGAAUCAUCUGAGGGCGACGUGUGCAGCUGUGAGGUCUGCCUGUACAUUUAGUUAGAACACAAACUGUGAUUUCAUGUGUGUUGUUCAGUUGAAUAAUAAAAUCUGUAACGACG